AUGGCGCCCAAGGACACCAUCUACUACGACCUCCUCGAGGUCAAGGUCGACGCCACCCCCAUCGAGCUCAAGAAGGCUUACCGCAAGGCUGCGAUCAAGUGGCACCCCGACAAGAACCCCUCCGCCGAGGCCGAGACCAAGUUCAAGGAGAUCUCCGAGGCCUACCAGGUUCUGUCCGACCCCGACAGCCGUGCAUUCUACGACAAGGUCGGCCGGGAAGCUAUGAACAAGCCCGAGACGCAGAUGGAGGACCCCCAGGAGAUCUUCUCCAAGCUCUUCGGUGGUGAGGCGUUUAUGGACUACAUCGGCGAGAUCGCGCUCGUGAAGGACUUUACGUCGACCAUGGACGUUGUUAUGACCCCCGAGGAGAAGGCUGCGAUGGAGGAGGCUGCCAAGGCUGAGGAGGCGGCUGACACGCCCGCCUCUGCUGCUGAGAUUGGCAAGGCUGCCGAUGCCGCUACUGCUGGGGCGGCUGCUGCGGCCGCCGGAACCGCGGCUGCUGGCUCGACCUCUCCCAGCAAGAGCUCUCCCGAGGGCAGCACCACCGACCUCACGCAGCACACCGGCAAGAAGGAGUACAAGGAUGUCAAGGGCAAGACGAAGCUUACGCCUGAGCAAAAGGCCAAGCUUGACGAGCUCGAUAUCGAGGACCUCACCCAGAAGCUCAUCCAGCGCAUCCGCCCGUAUGUCGACGCCAAGAACCCGGGAGACGUCAACGACCCCGAGACGAAGGUCUUUGAGCAGCGCAUCAAGACCGAGGCUGAGGACCUGAAGCUCGAGUCGUUUGGUGUCGAGAUGCUUCAGACGAUCGGAGGUGUCUACCUCACCCGUGCCGGCAACUUCAUCAAGAGCAAGAAGUUCUUUGGUGGUGGCUUCUUCGGCCGACUGAAGGAGAAGGGAGGAAUGGUCAAGGAGGGCUGGGGACUUCUUGGAUCUGCUGUUGGUGUCCAGACGGCCAUGGCCCAGAUGGAGAAGCUCGAGGCUGCCGGAACCGCAACGCCGGAGGAGAUCGCCGCUCUCGCCGAGGAGCUCAGCGGAAAGAUGCUGCUCACGACGUGGCGUGCUACGCGCUGGGAGGUCAUCAACGGCAUCUCGAAGGACGUCGCCCUCCGACGUGCCAAGGCGAUCAUGACCAUCGGCGGCAUCUUCAAGGCGGUCGAGGCGGACGAGGACGACGAGGAGCGCCGUGAGCUCGAGCGUCUCGUCCAGAAUGCCGCCGGCAAGAAGAAGAAGCACCACAAGUCGCGAAAGGGCUCGCCGGUUGCUGAGCCGUCGACCCCCGAGGCCAUCACCGAGAAGGCGGAGAAGGCUUGA